AUGGCUGCAGUAAUCAUCACUUAUAUGCUAGCAUCAAAACUGGACAAAAUAUCAAUAUUUCCGACAACGAACGAGAUUUUAACCUGGCAAAUCAAAUCUGAAUUUUUUGAUGGAGCUGAUUUGACCUACACUUUAAGUGACUCUCAAUAGAAAGAAUUUCAGAUCAUACAUCCCUUCGAACAAACUGGAAGAGAUUCCUCACAUAAGAAUGUUGCCUCAAAUAUUGUUGCAGCCAAAGCAGCUAGAAUAUCCUCAAGUGGAUUUUGGCUCAAUAUGUUCGCGUUCCUAGAUUAAUCUGAAGAUGAAGUUUAUUUAAAUAUUGCCGAAGGUUCAGAUGUAAGGGCAUCUCCUUAUUUCAAUUAACGCUAUUUAGUUACCAAAAGAAACAACUCAGAAAUAACCUGCUUCGAUGUUGAUUUUACAAACACCCAGCAAUACAUUGUGGAUUGCCAAAAGUAAGUAGUCCAAGACGAUAAAAUCAUAUUACAAAAUAUAUUUUUUGUACUCUCCAAGGAUGGAACCAAAAAUCAAGUGUUCACUGAAAAAGCCAUCUUUUAAACCUAUAAAUAGAGGUUCCUUGGACAGUACACUGUAACCAAUGCUCUCGGAAUCACACAUCAAUACCUCUUCAGAGUGACACCAGCCUACGCUGUUAGUUUAGAUUCCGAAUUGGCCUCAGACUCUUUGGUUGAAGUCUACUUAAUAUCUGCUUCUGGUGAACCUCAGAACACCAACUUUGUAUUAGACAAGGCUGUCUUGGCAGAUACUUUGGGAGUUCCCAAAAUCGACUUUUCUUUGGUUGAUUUCUCUGUCCAACCAAAUGGAGAUAUCUAUUUGUUAGAUGCCUUCAACGGUCUGUACAUAGUCAAAUAUUUGCCAAAUGGAGAAUGGGAAGUGCAGAACAUUGUCUAUCCAAGAACAGGACAGGCCUUCGCAUUUAGUGUGAACUCAUUCAUCAAGGAAGAUGAGUCAUUGGCCCAUGUGAUUGUAGUGCAGGGAUAUAAUUAUUUCAUUCAAAUUGAGAAUAUGGAAUUCAAAUACAUUUAUGAUUUGCCAUUCAUUCAAUUGGAGUAUCCUGCCUACAUUAAACUCUCUUAGGAGAAUGUCAUCAUUAGAAAUGAACACACCCUCUACUUAUACAACAUAGACACUGAGAAUGUCCAAUUAAACUCCAGGUACACUCUCAGUUAAAAGGACAUCAUCUUGUUGAAUCCUUACUUACCUGAUUUGGUGGUCAUAUCAAAUUUAUUAUCCAAAAGAUACACCUUAUCCAUGGGCCAUUUGAAAUACAUGGGCAGUACAGGGGCUAAAGCAGUGAAGGACAUUAUCUUAACAGCCUACGCUCCCAACGAGUAAAAAUGCUCAAUCACCAUCUCCUAUCAAAUAUUGAAUGACAGAGACCCUCAGAUCUAUAAGUUGGCCAAUAGUGCCCAUCCAUUCCCUAAGACUCUGGUUGAAGGAGACACGCAUCAAUAAUUGCAAUCUCAAGCAUCUGGACCAAAUAUAUAAUACAAAUUAGGCAAUAAAGAAUUGGAAGACACUCAAAUUUAGGGAGUCAUCAAUAAGAGAUGGGUAUUGAAAAAGGAUUCCAUUGUUUGGCCUACCAAUGUUGUCUAUGCUGAUGUGUUGGUGUUAGAAAAGUAGACCUAAUUUUAUUAGAUCAUCCAAACUGAUGACUUGAAAUUGCAAAUAUGGCUUUGUGAUCACCCCUCAAUAUUUGAAUAAGAAUUCAAUUGCUAAAAAAUAGUAUCUGGUAUUGACUUGAAGGUUACUGUUAACAAAUAAACUUUCACUUUAUGGAGACACGAUUUAAACAACAUAUACUUUAUGUACAAAGACACUGACUUUAGUGUGAUAAUCAAAUAUUAUUAUGCAGGAGAAUUGAAAGUCUUCAAGCAAUUGACUUAUGAUAAAACAGACCCUAUGAACAAAAUCAAAUCACUAUUCUUCGCUGAUAACUAUUUCUUUAUUAUCAAAGCAGACGAUACCAUCUUAGCAUACUCCACCUAUGAUCAUGAAAAUCAUGUCUUGGCCAUAGCUGAUGCCAAUACUUUCAAGCCUUAUGGCUACUCCUUAAAUUGGAAACCCUAGAGAUUAUUUGGAAAUAGAAAGCUUCAUCCCAAUCUCAUUUUUGUUGUUAACCAAGACAAUAUUGUUCUUGUCGAUUUCCACUAUAAAUUCACUUUUCUCCAAGAAUUCGCAUUCAAGGCUGGCCUCGAAGCAGAAUUGGCCAUUGCUGAAGACACCUUCUUCAUUGUCUAUGGAUAAUCAACUCAAGGAGCUAGAGAUGGCUUCAUUGAGGAAUAUGAUUUCUCAAGAUUAAACAAUAUCUUCAAGAUCAAGACCCUCCAAUUGUAUUGGUAUUAAAUCACCUCGCCUUUGACUGUCGACUAGAGUGAAGAGAAUGGAAGACUAUUCGUAAGAGCCUAUUGUAAAUACUCAAAAAAAGCACAUAUCUUGGUGUUCACUCCUGAUACUCUGUAACAUGACACUCUUUUUGACGCUUGGAGUAUCUCAAAUGAAAACAUUCCAGAUGACGAUAAGAUUGUGAUGGCUGUCGAUGGAGACUAAUAGAUGUUCUUGUACACCUAUGUAGAUGGGUAGACCACCUUAGUUUCAGAGAUGAAGAAUUCCGUCAUGACUCUUAAGGUUAAUUUGGAUAAUGCCAUGUAUAAUUCAAAUAUGAAUUUGAAUCUGAUCGUGUCUAAUUAUGAUUAUCCAGAUGAACCCUUCAACACAGUCAAAAUAUAGGAUUAAGUGCAACUCAUCAACACUUAAUCAAUAAUAGAAAUAGAUAAUACUAAAUUCGAUCUCUUCAAAUCUGGAGUGAUAUUAAAUUCUAAUAGUUAAUAAAAGAAUGUUGAAUUGGGCACCCAAUGGUUCUCUGGUCAAUUGGUUGGCAUUGAUUUGGAAUGCGAACAAUGUGAAAACCACAUUAUUGUUCAAAACAUUUUGGAAACCAAUAAUCCAAAAUUCUUCAAUGGAUUUGAAAUCAGAGAAGUGAUUAAAUAUAAUGAUGAUGCUAAUAUCUUUGUAGCCACGAAAGGAUUGAUAUUUACACAUCCCGAUAACACCUUGAUGGCCACUUAUCAUUUCGAUUUACCAUCUCCAACUUAUCGAUGUUAUCAAGCUUAAGUAUCAUCAGAUAAACUCCUCAUUUACACUCUUUGCGAAGAUAAAGGAUAGUAUUCCAUUUAUGUCACCGGAUGUCUUUCUGUCACUGGAUGUUCUCCAUUAGGCGAGAAGUUUAAGAUUGAACAGGCUUCAAAAAUACAAUUAAUAGACAAUGACAUAAUGGUUGUUUUACACACUGAUAAUUUCUAAUACAGUGACGUUGAUGGUCGUAUUGUUAUCUAUUAAUUGAAGAAGGGAUUAAAAACUUGGAAUUUGGAAGUCUUGGAUGUGAUUGCAACUUAAACUUUGAAUUCAUAAUUGGAAUCACCCUUAGAAUACUUUAGACCAAGUGAUUUCACAGUCAUUAAAUAAUACUAAAAUUAAGAUCAAACACUAUAUAAGAUUAUCAUCAGCAAUUCAAAGAAUGGACUUGUAUUCUAUGAUUUUACAUUGACUAAUAUGAGAUAUCAAUUCUAGUCAGUUGAAUCAGUAGAUUUAUAUAACUAUUUAAAUUAUGAAGUCAAUUAAUAUGCAUUUUCAAACACUCACUUCUUACAAGUUAGAUUAACCGAACAUCCAACAUAUGAUAAAGAUCAAUAAUAAAUUCAACUUUAAUUGUUGAUCUAAACAAGCAAUGCUGCUCAUUAUGGAAUUUCCUUUACCUUCAAAAAGUAAGAUAAGUCAGCAUCCACCAAAAUCAAUUCAAAACAAUUAGAUUUUGUAUUGAACAGAUACUCCAAUUGGCCUUCAAUUAAUAAAAUUGCUACAAAUGGUAACUACAUUGCUAUCCCCUAUUUCAAUGAUAAUGCACUACUUGUAGGACUAUAUAAAAAGUCUGCUUCCAUUCCCACAACAAUUAUUAGUGGAACAUACUUGUAAUAUAUAUAGGGAUAACACAUAUCACCCUUGAAUAUGGCAUUGUUCUUCGAUCUCUCAAACGAGAAGUCACUGUAUGCAAGUGAAUUAUCAGGCCCACUGAAAAGUUAUGCAUUAUUAGAUUCUCCAAUCAUUACUUUCAAUAAUCAAAAUGGAGAUUUGAAAAAUUAAACAGUUACAGUCUUCUUGCAAAAUGAUUUCAAUAUAGAAAAGACAUAAUUCAAAUUAGAAGUCCGACCAAUAGAUUUAAAUGAAUGCAGAACCAAAAUAACCAACAUUUAGAUUUACCCUUCCACUACCGAAGUCAUGUCAUGGCAAUUAUCAAAUGGAAUAUUUGAGGGAGUUGGUUUGAAAUAUACCAUCGAAGAUAAUUAAGACUUCACAAUCAUCCAGCCCAUUACAUAAAUUAGUUCAUCAUAACACUGUACACAAGUAAUUGGAUAGGUAUCAUCAAUCAAGGCCUAAUGGUUGCUGAGAGAAUGGAAUGGCCACUUUGCAUUCUUGGACUACAGUACUGCUACAAAUGGUUUGUAUUACACCAAAGUUGCCGCUAUGUAGAAUCAAGCUCCUAGUUUCUCUGAAAUAGUUUAUGUAGAUCCUGAAGCACCUACAAUAAAAUGUUUUGAUUUCGACUAUCUCAAUUCUGAAUCAGCAGAUAAUUUUAUCAUCGAUUGUCAACUUGAUCAACAACAAAUCAUCUACAUAAUCAAGGGGAAGACAAUAAAUUCUAUUUCCAAAAUCAAAUCAUAAUUCACAACUAAUAAAUUGAGAUGGUUCAACAGAUUGCCUUAUGAUGAUGCCUCCUAUUAUUUGAGAGUGACUCCAGCCUUUUCGAUUACAGAAGACGGCUCUGUUGGCAAAGUUUCAUAAGUUGAACUCUUCCAUUAUGAUGGCCAAGAAAUAACCUUACAUUCUACAAUCGAUAAUGCUAAGUUCGCUCAAUUGCUCAAAAAAGACAAGAUAGAUUUCAUGUUGGUAGACUACAAGGUGUAUAAUGAUGGCACUCUCUAUCUUUUAGACCAGAAACUAGGAAUUAUCAAAUUGUAAUACAAUCACAAAGAUAAAGAUUGGAAGCUUUUGGAUCAAAUUAAUUUCACCUUAUAACAAUAUGUAGCCUUUGACAUAGAUGAUUAUGUGAAUGAGAAAGGAUAGUCUGUCUAGCAUAUCGUAGUAUUGAGUUACAACUACUUUUUCGUUUUGGAAAACAAAGUCAUAGUUAAAGUCAUAGAUUUAGGUUAUUUUGCUACAACCUAUCCAUAAUAGAUACAAAUAAGUUAAAGAAACAUCUUUAUUCAACAUGAUAAUGCUGUCUUUGUUUAUGGAUUCAAUGAUGAAUCAAUUACCUUGUUAGAUAAACAAGCAAUCGUAGGAGGAUACUCUGUUGAUAAGAUCAAAGAUGAGUUUAUAGCUAUAGGUUAGAAGGAAUCCAACUUAUACUUCUUCAGUUAAGGUGCUUUGAAGUAUGAAUUCAAAUCCGGACAGAUCAAGGAUGGAGAAGUCAAAAUAGUUGCUAAAUCAUUAAAUAACUAGCAAUGCCAAUCAAAUAUCAAAUACUCGAUCAUCAAGAGUGACGAUUCCAAGAUCUACAAGAUAACUGAAUCUGAUGCACCCUUCCCACCUGCUGCAGAUGAAAACACAGUUAUCGAUCUCGGAGAGUUAACUUCAGGACCAAAUUAAAAAUAUGAGGCUGUAUACGAAACGACCGAAAAUAAUUGUUUUAUGACAGAAUUAGAAGCAUAAGAACAAAUUCGAAUUGUACAAAAUACAAAAUUUGAAGCUUAAGGCCAACCCUCAAAUAUAUUAUUCUAAACCUCCAUUUUCCAACCUAAAUAAUCAACUAUCUUCAAAAUAUUCUAAUUGAAAGAUAAGAGUUUAGCUCUGUAUUAGUCCGACCCCAAACUUGAAAAUAAUAUUUACAAAUUCACCUAAGUUGGAACUAUAAAAGAUAUUACAGUUGAACUGAAUGAUUAGACUUUCUCUAUUUGGUAGGUUGGAGAUGUAAUUGUAAGAUUUGCGACUGCUAUCAAUGAAUAUAAAAUCAAUCUAUAUAGUUUUAACUUUUUUAUGAUAGAAUUACUUAAAACAAUAUCAUUCGAAGAAAAGGAGGGUUAAUAAAUAGUAAGUAUCUUAAAUUAAGGAGAAUACUUAUUUAUUUUAUAAAAGAACGGAGUGCUACAUAGUUAUUAAAUAUCAAAAUUCAGCUUUGUUAAUAAGGUAACUGGAAAUGAUUUGAUUGGAUAUGGUGGAUAAUGGAUGCCAAUUAAAUUGUAUGGUAAUAGAGUGUUAAAAUCAAAUAUUGUAUUUGUUUAAAAUGAAAACAAUAUUGUACUAAUUAAUUACUUUAAUACAGAAUUCAUUUUCGUUAAACAAAUGGAUUAUACUAAGGGUGAUGAGAUAUAUAUUUCAUCUGCUAAGGAUUCAUUCUUUUUAGUUAAAAAUAAGGAAAUAAUAGAAUAUAACUAUUAAAAUUUAUUGAACAUUUUCAAAUCAAAGACAGUUGAAUUAUUUGGAUACACUAUAGUAAAUCCAUUAACUGUUAAAUUUUAAUUAUCAACUGGUAAUCUGAUCAUUAAAACAUCUAAAGCAUAGGAUUUCUAUUUAAAUAUAUUUAGACCAUCUACUACUUAACAUGACACAUUCUACUUAGCAAUCUCAGUAUUAACACUUAAAGAUGAUCCUCAAUUUACCAUAUCAGUUGCAGAAGAUGAUGCAAUACUGCUUAGUAUCAAUCAUUCUCUCCUACAAGCAAUUCACAAGAUUGAAAAAUCUCCUCUCUUAGUUUUUAAUCCAAAAUUUGAUGAGAAAACUUACUUUUAUAAUGCAAAGGUGUCUGUAAUUGUGAAGAGCCAGGAUGACUAGAAUAAUUAAGUUACAUUUAAAUAGAAUGUAAGACUUGUAAAUACAUUUUCAUCUUUGAGUGUCAAAAAUGCAAAUUAUACCAUUUCGACCAAUUCAACCAAAUCUGUUGAAUUCCCAGUUGAGGCAGUUUAUGGACAAAACAUUUUAACAACCCUUAAGACCUUCUAUGUGACAGAGGGCAACGUUUACUUGAAGGCUUUGGUCUAAUAACUUCCGCGAAAGAAGAUCGUUGACUAUAAAAUAAAUUAUGGUUAUUCCAAGGACAAAGAUACUUUCUAUUUACAAGCCAAGAAUACUUUAUUAAUUGGUACCAAUUUAGGUGAAGAUUUCUCCUAUAGACCAGCAGAAUAUACACUAUCUGAUCAAUACAAUUGCUUUAGAACAGACAAUUACAAAGAUAUGUUUUAUUCCAUUUGUAAUAAUGGAGUUGAGAAUUAAUUGGUGUUGACUAAAUGCGUAAACAAGAAAUGUCAGUUGGUUAAUUCAUACCUUGCAAUUCCUAAUGGAUAUUAAGUUAUAGCCCCUUAUGAGGAUUACAUUAUCGUGUUGUUUUACAACCCCUUAAGUCCGCAAGAUUAGGAUGGAGAGUACAAGAUGUAUAGGAUAAUUCAGAAUGAUGCAUUCUAUGUCUAAAAAGAGGUGAUGUCAAUGAAUUUGGAGUUCAUCAAAACCAAUUUAAAUAAGGAUGCAGUAACUUUCAGGCCAUCUGGUAUGACAGGAGUUGGAGUUGAAAUAAGUAAAGAAACUUACGUAUAUUUGUCAAUGGUAACUGACUGCUUUGAUGAAUUGAGGUACAAUAGUUUCUUGUUCGAAAACAAAGAUAUUCAGCCUACUAGAUUUGGGUCAAUUUCACUAAAAAAAUUGUUGAGUAAACAAAUCAUAGAUCAGACUCUCUUCUUAUCCACUUAGGUGAAGUCUUCCUUGUUUGAGAAAGAUGUGUUAACAGUUGAUUUAGUGAUUUUGACUUCAGAUUCUGGAACAUUCUGGAUUGUGGUGAAAUUUAAAUACAACAAGGACGAAAAGAGAUUUGAACAUCAGCAAUCAGAUAUAAAGAGUACAUUUGUUAAGUACGGGGAUUGGAAAGUACUCAAUUAUUUGGCAGUUGAUUCUUCAUCAAUUGGAGUUGCUUAUUAUAAAGACAAUUAAGUGACUGUGGGCAUUUAUCAGAUCCUUAAAGAAAGUCCUUACUUUUUGACAACUGGAGGUAAUCAAUUUGUGGUCACCAAUUAACAAGAUUUGAGUCCAUUAAACUUCUUAAUGUUCAUAUAAACAAACUAAUUGUACAACAGCAACCCGAAUGAAAAAGGAUUAACUAAAUUCAUGUUGAAUACAAAUAGUUCAAUUGUGAUAACUGAGCCUUAAAAAGUGGAAAGUUAAAAUUUGACUUUGACCUUCAAGAAUGAUUUCUCAGAGGCAGUGUAAAAGAUUGCUCUAUAAAUUAUACCAAUUGAUGAUGACGACGACUCUAGCAAAGGACUGGGGGCAGUUUGGAUAGUGUUGAUUGUGCUUAGUAGUUUGGUCGUUCUGGUUUUAAUGGGUUAUGGUUACUAUAAGUCAUAAGACCCAAAUAAAGAGGAGGAUGCUCAAUUAGUAUGA